ACUAACUACCUGGACACCCAGUAUUUCGGUGAGAUCAGCAUCGGUACCCCCGCGCAGACCUUCUGCACCUUCUCCCUCUCCCCAGUUUCCCACAGCCGCUACGACUCCUCCAAGUCACGGACGUACAUAGCCAACGGCACGGGCUUUGCUAUCCGCUAUGGAACAGGGAGUGUCAAAGGCUUCCUCAGCCAGGACAUCGUCAUGGUAUCAGACAUCCCCAUCAUCCAGGUCUUUGCCGAGGCGACGGCGCUGCCUGCCUUCCCCUUCAUCUUUGCCAGAUUUGACGGGGUGCUGGGGAUGGGCUCCCCCAGCCAGGCCAUCGAUGGCAUCACCCCCGUCUUCGACCGGAUCCUCUCCCAGCAGAUCCUCAAGGAGGACGUGUUUUCCGUCUACUACAGCCGGAAUGCUCCUCUGAAACCCGGGGGGGAAAUAAUCCUCGGAGGCAGCGACCCAGCCUACUACACUGGGGACUUCCACUACCUGAACGUCAGCAAGAGUGGCUACUGGCAGAUCAGCAUGAAGGGGGUGUCCGUAGGGGCUGAAAUCCUGUUCUGCAAGGAAGGCUGCUCAGUGGCUGUCGACACGGGAGCAUCCUAUAUCACUGGUCCAGCAGGCCCCGUCUCCGUGCUGAUGAAAGCCAUCGGGGCAGCAGAAAUGGCCGAAGGAGAGUACGUGGUGGACUGCGACCGAGUCCCUCAGCUGCCCAACAUCUCUUUCCACCUGGGUGGGAAGGCCUACGGGCUCAGCGGCUCAGCCUACAUCCUCCGGCAAUCCCAGUAUGGGGAGGACGUCUGCGUGGUGGCUUUCUCGGGGCUGGACAUCCCACCCCCGGCUGGUCCCCUCUGGAUCCUGGGCGCCAGCUUCAUCGGGCACUACUACACCAAGUUUGACCGGCGCAACAACCGCAUCGGCUUUGCCACGGCCCGCUGA